GAGGAUGGCUCUCAGGACUUCUCGCAAUACCUGCAGCAGGUUUGAUGACUUAACUCUUGUCUUUAUUUCUUUUCUGCUCUUUUAUAUGUGUAUGUGAUAUCAUGCAUCUUUUCUGCUGCGGAUUCCUUUUUUCCGCUUCUAAUCUAAAUGAAUUUAAGAUAACUGAGGCCUUAAUAAUUUUAUGUAAUUCCCUUGACUUGAAAGGACUGACUCUGUAAAUGUUCGUGGCUUGGUGCAUUAUAUUUGGUCUAAGCAGGGAAUCAACAUUCACAGUUUGGAUUCAAAAUGAAGAGGAGCUUUGUCCCUUGCUCAAGUUUAAGCAUUGUGGUGUCUGAGACCUCUUCAACAUCAAUUACACCAUGCAUAAGCAUGGUGAUGGGUGAAAUAAUUUGGCUGAAAUGUAUUUAAGACUCAACUUCUUCCCCGAGUUUCCCCACAUUCUACUUGAAUCCUUAUAUUGUGAACAUAUAUUGCCUUUCAUGUUAUCUCUGCACUCAUCUUUAUCAGCUACCUCACAGUUUAAAUACAAAAUGCACAUCAAGUUGUCACUACUAAAUUGUAUUUGAUCCAAGUUCAUAACCCCUAGAAGAUACAUCCUAGGAAGAAUGUAAAUCAAUUUUCACAUGAUGGUGAGAGCUUGUAUAUGGCACAUAACUUAGGUUUCACAUCUUUAUGUCUCCUCUAAUUGAUAUUUUCUCUAACUAAAUUGAAUCUUUUAUACUAGUUCUCUAUAUUCAGUUGCGUUAGUAUCUUAUGGAUGAUAGAAUAAAAGUUGGUUGCUUUAUGGGGGCUUGAUUCUACUCUAUAAUUCUUCUUGGCAGUUGAUAUUAUUAAC